CUUGUUGGUUGUUUGUUUCUCUUCCUGGAGAAAAUAUUAUUUUAUUGCUUAGAUUUUUUUCUCUUUCUGUUGAUUAAAUUGUUCUUUUCUUUUUGUUCAUUGGUGUUAAAUAUUUGAAUUUUGUUCUCUCACUUUUCAUUUGCUGAAUUGUUUCUUGUUCUUUGAUGACUUGGCCCUUGUAGGACCAGUUACCAGAAUUCACUUGAAAGUGGCAACAUUUUCAACCAUCAGAGUUUUGGUAAUUUCUUUUAUUCCGAUGUGACCAUUAAUCUUUCCGUUAAUUAUUUAAUCAAGUGACUUCACCAUGAACAAGGGUGGAAAUAAAAAGGACAAUAAUCAACAGGAUUCCACGAAAUCAUCGACAAAUCAAAAUGGACCCAUGAACUUCAGAUGUUGUCUUCUUUUGGCCUUUCUACUUGCAUUUACUACGAGACUGUAUAAAAUUGAGGAACCUGAUCAUGUAUGUUGGGAUGAAACACAUUUUGGUAAAAUGGGUUCUUAUUACAUAAACAACACUUUUUUCUUUGACGUUCAUCCACCGCUCGGUAAGAUGCUCAUCGGUUUAUCAGGUAAAUUGACAGGUUACAAUGGAACCUUUGCCUUUAAUAAACCAGGAGACAAAUAUGGUGAUCACCAUUAUCUUGGAAUGAGACUUUUCUGUGUUACACUUGGAGCUUUAAUUAUCCCUUUUUCAUUUGUAAUCGUUUGGGAAUUGACAAGAUCAUUAAGUGCAUCAAUGUUGGCCGCUGGUUUAAUUACUUUCGACAUUGGUUUUCUCACAUUGUCACAAUACAUUUUACUCGAUCCAAUUCUACUCUUUUUCGUAGUUGGUUCGUUUAUGGGCUCAGUGAAAUUUGGCUCUUGCAAAGAUAAACCAUUUAGUCUCUAUUGGUGGUUUUGGUUGAUCUGGACCGGCACUUUUCUGGCCUGUGCAAUGAGCGUCAAAUUUGUUGGCCUUUUUGUUGUCAUUCUGGUUGGGUUACGAACGAUCUUUGAGCUUUGGGAACUCUUAGGAGAUUGCGAUUUACCAAUGGUCGCAAUUGGAAAGCAUUUUAUCGCUCGUGUCUUUGGUUUAAUCUUAUUACCGAUCGCCAUUUAUGUCACUUUUUUCUGGAUACACUUGGCUGUGCUCUACAAAAGUGGACCUGGUGACGGGUUCUACAGUUCAGCCUUUCAAUCGCAAUUAGAAGGUAGCUCAUUGUUCAACACAUCAAUGCCUCGUCAUGUCGCCUACGGAGCUGUGAUUACUCUUAAAAACCAUCGCACUGGCGGUGGUUAUCUCCACUCUCAUUGGCACCUUUACCCUGAUGGAGUUGGAGCAAGACAACAACAAGUCACCGCUUAUUCACAUAAAGAUGAAAACAACAAAUGGAUUGUCAAAAAGUAUGACAAAGAGCCGAAUCCAGAAAAGGAUGAAAUCGAGCUUGUUAAACACGGAGAUCUGAUUCGCUUAGAACACCAAGUGACAACUCGAAAUUUACAUGGCCAUCGAGAACGAGCACCAGUAACCAAAAAACACUAUCAAGUCACUUGUUAUGGGGAAAAUGGUGUUGGCGAUGCAAAUGAUGUUUGGAGAGUAGAGAUCGACAAAGGAAAACAAGGAGAAAUCUUGUCGACGAUAACCAGUAAAUUUCGAUUGGUACAUUACUUUGUAGGUUGUGCUCUUCACUCUCACUCGAAGCAAUUACCUAAAUGGGGCUAUGAACAGAUGGAAGUUACUUGUUCACCGAAUGUGCUUGACAAAAAUUCUGUCUGGAAUAUCGAAGAUAAUUUUUUCCCGCGUUUACCGAAUGCGAGUUUCAGAGAAUAUGCUCCUUCUUUUCUCGAGAAAUUGAUCGAAUCUCAUGCAGUUAUGCUCCAAGGAAACGCUGGACUCAAACCAAAGGAAGGGGAGGUCACUUCAAGGCCCUGGCAAUGGCCGAUUAAUUAUCGAGGACAAUUUUUCUCUGGAAACGAAUAUAAAAUUUACCUUCUUGGUAAUCCAAUCAUCUGGUGGGCAAACAUUGCUAUCAUGGUGAUCUAUUUAAUCCUCCAGGUCGUAGUUCUCGUGAGGGAACAGCGCGGAUGCACCGAAAAAGCCGAUAUCAAAGACCAAAACUCGAAACUGACCAGUGCUUCAGUUUGGCUACUCAUCGGUUGGGCUCUUCACUAUUUCCCGUUUUUCGCAAUGGGACGAGUUUUGUACUUUCAUCACUAUUUUCCAGCUUUAAUAUUCAGUAGCAUGUUAUCAGCUGUUGUAGUCGAUUACGUUAUCAGAAAUGUCCCUAAAUUGAUUUGGCCUCACCUUGCGAAGACCAUUUUUCAUAUCUCUUAUGGGGUCGUCGUUUCAUCAAUUGUUCAUAGUUUUUACCUCUUCUCACCUUUAAGUUAUGGAACCAAAGUUGAACCAGGAGCUGAAUCGAAUCACACAUUAACAGAAUUAAGAUGGCUCGAAUCUUGGGAAUUUUAAUAUUUUAAUAGGAUCUCGUUUUCAAAAACCUGAGAUGUGAAUGAAUUUUCUUAACGUCAAUUAAAAGAGUUUAUUUAUUUUUCCUAAAUCAAACAAUCAAACAAAACGAAACAAAUUAUAUUCACUUUUAUCGGGUCAAUACAAUUUAUAAUAUGAUAUUCGGAAAGAUCAUUGCGAUGAGAGUAUACAUGAUGAAUAUACAUUUUAUCAUUUGUGCCGGUUCUCUUUUAUGAAUUAAUUUUCGACUUUUAAAUUUUUAUCGAAAGUCACGUGGUUUUUUUAGUGAUCGAUUUUCUGAAAGUUGAGAUCGAUCAACUUUUCUUGCUCACAAAUCGAUCUGAUCGAUCAUUUUUCGGAUCGGAACAACUCUGGUAAAGAGAAACGAUUUGAGCUCAUUGGCUUGAGAAUCAAUGUUUUUCAGUAUUUGUUUGAUUUCUAAUUUAUUGUUGAUUUUUGUUACGAACAAUUUAAGAUUAUACUUCCUUUUAGUUUGGUGACCAAUUCUAUUGUAGGAGAAGAUUGAAAAAAGACAACAGAUUGUCCAUUUUUCCAAA